AUGAUGUCCAAGACUCUUGUCAUUCUUCUCACCGGAGUGUCUGUGGCCUCUGCAAGCCCGGCACUGUUAGGUCGUGCUACCUCUGAUCCCUCUGCCUUUGCCGCCCUCCAGCGCUCUGCCGAACUGUCGUCUGCUGCGUACACAGGAUGCACCGGCACUGCAUUCGACGUCACCAUCACAUUGCAAAUCAACGAUGCGGAGACCGACACGCAGGGGUUUAUAGGAUAUUCCACCACUGAGGAGACAAUCACUGUGGCCAUGAGAGGCUCAACCACUGUGACUGACAUUCUGAACGAUAUCGACACCACCCUGGUGACUCCAACUCUCUCUGGCGUCACCUUUCCCUCUGGUGUCCAGAUCAUGAAUGGGAUCUACUCGCCCUGGUCCUCGGUUCAUGACACCGUGAUUGCCGAGGUGGCAGCCCUGAUUGAGGAGUAUCCCGACUAUACGCUCGAGUCCACCGGCCACUCCCUCGGGGGCUCCCUCACCUAUCUCUCGUACAUUGCUUUGGCGCAGAAUUUCCCCGACAAGGAAAUCACCAGCACGGCUCUGGCUGCCUUUCCCAUUGGCAAUUCUGAAUUUGCGGCUUUUGGCACUUCCAUCUCAGGCACCUUGAAGCGCGGCAACAACGAACUUGAUGGUGUGCCGAAUAUGUAUGUCUCUGCUCCCGAGGACUUUGUCCACUACGGGACGGAAUACUACAGCUAUGGAACAGAGGCAACCUGCCUGCUGUGCUCUGGAGAGCGCGACACCUCCUGCUCUGCCGGAAAUGGCCUCGUGGGUGUAACCAUCGGGCACUUCUCCAGCUUCGGCAUUGAGAUGGGCUACGCUGGAUGUACCACUUUGUAG